GCAAAAAAUAAACUAUAACCCCAAGCAUAGACAUGUGUAGCUAUACUAGCAUUAGUAGUGAUGGUGAUGAUCAUCAUGGCAGCAAUAGUGGUGGCAAUGGUGUUGAUAAUACAUGUUCAAAGAAGGUAAAGAAACAGAAAACCCCGAAGAGAGGGCCAGGAGUGGCAGAGCUAGAGAAGAUCUUGAGGGAUCAAGAGAAGAAUGAUACGAGUUUUGACGAAACCAAGAAUAUUGAAGGGUUCUCUGUAGUUUCACAACCUUCAAGUUCUUAUAGAAGACAAUCUCCUGUUCUAACUUCCUACAAAUCUCAUCCUAAAAAUCUCCCAUUUGCUCCUGAUCCUAAUCUUUUUAGUCCGCAGUCAACAACAUUUUUUGGUAAUUGCAGUAAGAACACAUCAUUACAAGUUUGCAGAGGCACUGGCAAUGGUGGAUCAGACAUUGUUUUGCAUGAACAUGGAUUUUUACCCACGAUGUGGAAUUCUUGCCAACCUAGAGCUGAUAUUGGAGGUCCUAGAUUGGCUUCAGGGAAUCCAUUUUCUAUGCGUUCAACAAAUGGACCUGACCAACUAUUUCCUUCCUCUUCUAUGGCACAAGCAAGCCAAUAUUCACCCUCUCCAAUGAUAAAUUUUUUUCCAGAGUCUGUGGCAUCAUCUUCUUCAACAAUUCCAUCAUCCGUAGUAAUGUAUCAUGGUAUAGAGCCCCCUUCAAACCAAACGUCACUCCACCAUAACAAUUCUUUAUGGCCAGAUGAGGACAAGAUGGUUGGCUCAAAGCGAUCUUUCCCGUUUUCCAUGGAGGCCCCUCCAAUUCCUCACCACUACCGAGUUCCUGCAUUUUCACUUCAAUUCAGCAGACAGGACCUGUCACUCACACGUGCUAGCCACGGCAUCACUAAUCCUGAGCAAAUCGAGGCGGUUUCCAGGGACGAGAAUAUAGGCAGCAAGCGCCAUACAGAUUAUGGAGUAGCUAAUGGUAAUCUCCUCUUGUUUGGCUCUCCGGCGAUUCCUUCUCCAUCAACUCAUACUUCUCAACAAGAACAGUCCAAGUCCAAACAUCCUCUACCUUUCCGAGAAAGCACUGAGGACUCACAACACAGGCCUUCACAAGGUAGCGGAUCAAUUUGUAAUAAACCCUUGUUCAGCUUCCUGCCUCCAGUAGAGCAAAAGAGCAAGGUUGAAACAAACUUUAGCUUAAACAAUGAUGAUAGAAUUGAAAAAAGAGGAGAUGGUAUUGAUCUUGACUUGAGGCUCUGAGCGGGAAUUAAUCCAUCAGAGAUU